CCGAACCACCUGCGCACACAUACCAUCCUCCCAAAGACUUCGCCGACUCUCUUUGAAUAUAUAAACGCCACCAUCUCCUCCUUUUAUCUCUCAGCUUGACGUUCCCUUCACCAAGAGAACACCAAGCUAACUGAACUUCUCUUUUCCCUCUCUCUUGCUUUUUUCUUUUCUUUCUCUUUUCUUUUUUCUACUUUUAAUAUAAUUACAACUGCUAUUCAAUCCAGUAUGCAGACUCUUACUCCUUCCCACCAUCUCAACAACCCACUUUCCCUUCCCCGGACCCGUCAGUUCUCCCGGGUCAGUUCUAUUUACAGAUCCGAUUCCGUUAACUUCCCAAACGCUGUCGGGUUAAACCGUGCUGACUGGCAAAGCUCCUGUGCUAUUCUCUCCAGUAAAGUCGUUUCUCAAGAGGGCCCCAUCGACAAACCUGCCGAUCAUGUCGCCGCUGUCAACGGCCACAAGACUUCUGUUGACCUCAACUUGGUCCCUAUCGAUCAUAACAACAACACACCUCCUCAACAACUCCCGCCUCAAAAGCCUCUCACCAUCACCGACCUCUCUCCAGCGCCGAUGCACGGCUCUCAGCUUAGAGUUGCCUACCAAGGAGUCCCCGGCGCAUACUCCGAAGCCGCCGCUGGUAAAGCUUAUCCUAACUGUGAAGCCAUUCCUUGUGACCAAUUCGAAGUCGCGUUUCAAGCAGUUGAGCUCUGGAUCGCCGACCGAGCCGUUUUACCUGUCGAAAACUCCUUAGGCGGAUCUAUUCACCGUAAUUACGAUCUCCUUCUCCGCCACCGGUUGCAUAUCGUCGGUGAAGUCCAGCUUCCGGUUCAUCAUUGUCUCUUGGCUUUACCUGGUGUGAGAAAGGAUUAUCUCACUCGAGUUAUCUCUCAUCCUCAAGCACUCGCUCAGUGUGAACACACUCUCACCAAGCUUGGACUCAAUGUCGCACGUGAGGCCGUGGACGAUACAGCUGGCGCGGCCGAAUACAUCGCGGCAAACAAUCUCCGCGACACCGCUGCAAUCGCCUCUGCACGCGCCGCCGAGCUGUACGGAUUACAAGUUUUAGCCGACGGAAUUCAAGAUGACUCUAGUAACGUAACGAGGUUCGUGAUGUUGGCACGUGAACCUAUCAUUCCACGCACGGAUCGGCCGUUCAAGACAAGUAUCGUGUUCGCUCAUGAUAAGGGAACAAGCGUAUUGUUCAAGGUGUUGUCGGCGUUUGCUUUCCGGAACAUAAGUUUGACGAAGAUCGAAUCACGGCCGCACAGGAACCGUCCGAUCAGGUUGGUCGACGAUGCGAAUGUAGGAACGGCGAAGCAUUUCGAAUACAUGUUUUAUGUCGAUUUUGAGGCGUCGAUGGCGGAGGUUAGGGCCCAGAAUGCUUUGGCCGAGGUGCAGGAGUUCACGUCAUUUUUAAGGGUGCUGGGGAGUUAUCCAAUGGACAUGACCCCAUGGUGCCCAUCUAGGUGUGAUUAAUAAUAAUAAUCAAAUUCAAUUAAUGAAUUAAGAGUUAAAACAGACCGCCCCUCCUCUGAAACGACAUGUUUAGAGAAGUUAUUAUUUGCACAAACAAAGGAAAAUUAAAAUUUAAAAUUUUAUUUGAUAAUGGGAUUUUCUUGCUGGGGAUUUCAAUCCAGAUGUGACUUGUAAGAAUGUGUAUAACAUACCACAUUCUCUUGUUGUAUGGUAAAAACUUCAGAAACCUUCAAGAAAGGAACAAAGCCACGACGAAAGGUGAGACUAGCCUAGCAACUGUUUUUUUUCCUUUUCCCCUCUCUUGUCAAUAUAGUUGGUUUAUUGUGAUGUUACGUUUAAACAAAUCUUGUUGUCGUUUUAUUGAUUAAUUUCAUAAUUAAAUAUCCCCGCAAACUUUUUUUGACA